AUGGGUCCUGUUUAUCGUAUUCCACCUUAUUAUUAUAUUCACGUAUUAGAUCAGAAUACAAGUGUAACGCGAUUGGAAAUUGGUCCACAAAAGUUUUUUAAACAAGAUAAUGAGACAAUAGUUUUUGGGCCCGAUAAAAUGAUUACUCUACCACCCAGACAUUAUUGUGUUAUUGAAAAUCCCGUUGUUAAGAAUGAAGAUGAUCAAGCACAAUUCGACAAAAAUGGUCAGGCAAAAUUGUUGCAUGGUAGCCAAGAUGUUAGACUGGAAAAUGAUUAUAAAGAACCAUUUCCAUUGUAUCCUGGUGAAGUAUUAAAACAGGCUGCUACACUUUUAAAAUAUGUUGCAGCUAAUUCAGCAUUAAGAUUAAAAGCCGUUUUGGAUUUUGACGAUAACGGAGAACAGCGAAAAGCUGGAGAUGAAUGGCUAUUCGAAGGACCAGGCACUUAUAUACCACGCAAAGAAGUAUCCGUUGAAGAACAUAUUGCAGCUACCGUGAUUGGUCCAAAUCAAGCACUAAGAUUAAGUGCUAAAAAAGAACUUAUCGAUCGUAUGGGUCAACGCCGUGUGGCGGGUGAAAAUUGGUUAAUAAAACAAUUAGGUGCUUAUUUACCGAUGGCUUAUGAAACGGUUGUGAGCAUUGAAAAUGCCUAUGUUGUAACAGAUAAAAAAGCAUUACAUUUGCGUGCACUGAAAACAUUCAUAGAUGAUUUUGGCCAAACAAGAAAUAAUGGUGACGAAUGGCUCAUCACAAAAGAACAAACAGAAACACAUAUUUUGAAUGUUUAUGAACAACUCGUGACAAUUGUUGAUAUAACAACAUUCAAUUCAAGACAAUAUUGUGUCAUCGUAAAUCCAGUUUCAUGUGAUGGUAAAAAUCAAUGGGGCAAGAAGAAAUUAGUCGUUGGUGACAAAUCAUUUUUCUUGCAACCUAACGAACAAUUAGAGAAAGGAAUUCAAGAUGUGUACGUGUUGUGUGAAGACGAAGGUAUCAUAGUAAAAUGUAUCGAAUCGUUUGGUGAUGAAAUAGACAAUGUGACUCGGGUGCCAGGUGACAAAUGGGUGAUAAGAGGACCAAGAGAAUACAUACCACCGGUUCAAGUUGAAGUGUUACAAAAAAGAAAAGCGAUACCUUUGGAUGAAAAUGAAGGUAUCUAUGUUCGAGACUUGAAAACUGGCCGUGUUCGUGCGAUUGUUGGUAAUACAUACAUGUUAACACAAGAUGAAGAACUGUGGGAAAAAGAAUUACCACUAAGCAUAGAAGAAUUUCUUCAGCGAGAUUCCUUAGUUGAAAGACGUGCCAAAACAACAGUAACAUCAUCGUUGCAAACGACAAAACGUGACAAAUCCAGAUUAGUUACAUAUCGAGUACCCCAAAAUCAAGCCGUCCAAAUGUAUGAUUACAAAGCGAAAAGUUCAAGAAUUAUUUUUGGACCAGAAUUAGUCAUGCUAGGACCAGAUGAACACUUUACAUACGUAAAUCUCUCUGGGUCUGUUCAUGUUUCUUUAUUUUUACUUACUUUUCUUUCUUUAGUUUUCGUGCUCAAAAAAGCUGUCAGCAACAAAAAAAUAUUCUUUUCUGCUAUCCUUGUAUUUGUGUUGUCCCUUAUUUUACGUCGCUUUAUUUAAUAAACAAAAUAGAAAAUGAUUGAAGAAAGCUAUCCAUGAAUAACAAAAGGCUUUUAGCAAACCUAGUCUACUUAGGUGCCGUGACACUUUGAACGAAUUGAAAACAUGCAUCUUAAAACUAACAUACCCACAACACAAAAAGACGUUUCCUUCAAGAUAUCUACGCAUGAAUAGAUGAUCAUGCAUAUUGGCAUUAUAUUAUGCUCUGAUUAUCAGGAAAAACAAUUAUAAUUUUUCGUUGAAAUCAAACGAACUUUGAUAAACUAAUUGAGGAUAUCUUACAUCAUUUCUUAACAUUUUUCAUAUACCAUACUUUAUACGAGAGUGAGUACAAGUAAAGCAAAUGAUAAUCUUGGUUUGUAAUCAUUUAAAUGAAAAAAAAAUAGAAAAUUGAAUAUGAUUGUGUGCUUUUAGAAUAAUGGAACGAAGCUAACACAAAAAUACAAAUAUACAAGGUUCUCAAUCAUUGUCUCGAUAAUAUCAACGAAUGAAAUAUCGAUGAUAGCUGUGGAUCAGGCUCGAGUACUAUUGAUUAGAUCUUAUGUAAUGUAAUUGCAUACUUAUCUUAAACAGAUUUUUAGUUGUAUAUGAAUGAUGAUAUGAAAUACAAUAUACAAUUCAAUUAAAAUACUAGUUUUAACCUCUAUAUGAAUAUGAAGUUACAAUACUAUGAUUGUGAACAAAGAUGUCUUUGACAAUUCAAAUAGUUGUACUGUUGUAAUUUAGAAUCAUGAUGAAUUGUUGAAUUCUCUAUCUGUAAAAAUAAAAAAAACCGUAGUGAAUAAUAAAACAUACAAUCUCCAUAAAUUGUCAUUAUAUGUUCAUGCAUAUUUUUUUGACAAUUGUUCCUCUAGAACAAAGCAACUUUCUCAAUGAGCAAGAAUCAAGUCUUGAAUUUCUAAUCAAUGCCUCGAAAAUAGCCAAAAAACGUAUUAGUAGACUAUUGCUUUAGCCACUAAUCGAAUUAGAUUUAUGAUAUUGCUAGAUAAAAAACCUAUGUCUAUUAUUCACGGGCCACAAUACUGAUACAUUAUUAUUUAUUGUAAUGUUUUAAAUUAAAUCUGUCAAGAAAUUUGUUGAAUACCCUACAUAUUUUACGCCAUGCUUUUAUUUGCAUCUCUUAUUUCGAAUGUUUGAAACUUUAUUAGUCAUUUUUUUCUAAUUCAUCAUACGAUAUUGUAAGCAAGUUGGUUUUUGUAAAGCUUUUACUUAGUACUAAUUUUUGAGUGUUUAGAUUGUUUACAGAUGAGCCAAAAAACAACAGAAAUAUAGACAUAUAUGUUUUGUUAAUUCCAUUGGUCAAUAAGAAAAGGAGAACAAGUGAUUUGCAAAGAUUUCAAUUAUUGUACAAGUUUAUAUAAUCGAUGUGAAGUUCGCACAACCGAACAAGACCGUUCGUAAAAUAUUUUACACUUAGGUUGUUGAAGUCGAGUAAGAAUGAGAGUGCUUUGGUGCAUGUUGCCAAAUAUCUUCACUCAGUUGUCGUUCUUGUAGAUCUUUUAAUACAUCUAGCAUUCCGAACUCAUCUCAAUUUGUCGUGUUCACUGUGCAUCGAACUAAACGAAUAUUGCAACAUAAAUUGAAUAGAACUCAUAGAUUGAUAUUUAACUCAAAACAGUAAAAGAUGAACAAUCAAUAUUUUAAUAAAAUUUUCAACAAAUAAACCACGAAAAAAAAUCCUUUUCCAGACCCUGUCACAGUUGUCAUUUAAUCAAUAUAAACAGCGUAAAUUGAUCAAGUUAUAACUUGAACAAUAAAUAAUUCAUGUUAGUUUUCUUCGAGUUGAUCGAGAUAUCUAUUAGUGCAUUAAGAUAUGCAGCCAUGGAAAUAAUACUUAUUUACAACGACCUUAUUUGCCAUUUAAUUCAAUGCUUAUAAUGAUAACAAUGUUAAAUUAAGAAUAUAAUGAGCGAAUAACAACAAAGCAAACAAAAAAUUGGGCUUCCAUAAAAAAAAAACAAGAAAAAUUUCUGUUUGCAGUGCGGAAAUAUAUUACACAAAACUUUACUUUGCUGAUCGAUUAUCUUCAAACAGAACUCUAAUAGAUGAGAGAUUUUUCAGUUCACCUGUUUUGUAUGUAUUACUUCAGAUAUCAUAGACGAAUGACUAGUUUAUCAUAAACAACCAUAAGUGACUUAAAUAUAUUCAUGCAUGACUAGAUCAUUAGUUAAAGUUCUAUGUCGCAAUAAAUAAAAAACAAUAAUGAUCAUAGUUCUCUAUUUACAUAUGUCAAAUUGAGUUUUUAAAUAAGCAUCGCAAUUGUAUGUACAUAAUGAAAAUAAAGUGACAUCACUUACGAGGAAACGAUUCCAACUGUUCAAUCGGUCUUUUUUCAAAUAUAUAAAUUUGUAUGUGAUUGAACUACAUUGAUUUCAAAUACAGGGUUGCCAACUGUCCAGGUCUCGAAUGGGAUACAUGUCGGGUACAACUUUUUUCCAAAUGGGAUACAAAAUAUUGUUGUUUAAAACAAAAGAAAUUCUCAUAAAAAAAUCAGCGGACAACAGUAUUUUUAGUCAAGAAGGUCAUAUUCCACGUGCUGUAUGCAGGAUACUAUCUGAAAUAUUUAAGUUCAAGCAAAGAAGUUCUCAAUCAGGGAUGCACCAGUCAUUAGCUUCCAGAAAAGUCAAAUCUCAGAGGACCUUAGGGCAUGAGACCUUCAGAAAGCAAAAACAGCAGGGAGAUCGCUCAGCCAGCUGAACUCCGUUUUAAUUAUUACGCAGUUCUGCAUAGAAAACACCAAAAUAUCAAUUUUAUGUUGCUAAAAUUCGAUUUUCCUUAAAACCCUGGGAGAUCGUACUUUUCCACAGUCCCAUCGCGGGGUCUCACUAGCAGCAGUUGCGAUCCAGCUCAAUUCUAGUUUCGGGAAUUUGUGAGAUCGGAACUGAUGCAUGUCUUUUCUCAAUUAUAACUAUCUUCGUCACAUUUCUAUUCAAGAAAAAAAAAAUGUUCAUUUAAAACAAAUGCUUGAUAUUCAUUGUACAAAUUCUUCCCGACUGGUAUUUCUUUAUGGUGUCAGUGGAUGGAUCAUCAUUGUUUCACUUUUUUCAGGUUCAAACUAGUGCCUUUUGUAGACAAGAUCAGAAUACAGUUUUUCAUAAUGUUUAAUUUUUUUACAAUAAGAUCUGUAGAAAAUCGAGCUACUACUCUGAGAUCGUCUCUCGAUUGAAAUAAAAGCUUGGUUGAAGCGGGGCGAUGAGAUCCUGUAUUUCUUCCUGUUACAUUGAUUAUCAACCAUCAACAUGCUUCUCGUAAACCAAAGCAAGAUGCACCUACUUCUACUUUGAAAACUAAAAAAAAGAAGUGUCUGGUUUAAAAUAUAGUAAGAGCACAAAGAACGGCUGCAGGUUCUAAAAUGAAUAUGUGGCUACAAAUGACGUUCACUGUAGGAAUUCCUUGCUAGCUAAGUCAAAGUCAGAAAAAAGUAAAUUACAUGGACACGUUUUUAAAUUAUAUGAAGUUGCUCCUGAUAUGAACCUCAUCAUUGUAUGAAUAGGGUUAGAUGUAUGGACUCAUCCGGUGGGGUCAAGAGAAGCGCCUCAUUAACGUUAGCAAACACAGGAGUAAUACAUCACUCAGUACC